AUCAUAACAGUCAUCUUUAGUGUUUUUUUUUCUUUGUGAACACUGAGCAGCACUUUGCUGCUAACUAAACAAAGCAAAGGAAGUAACAAAGAAGUGAGUGUGAAAGAUGCCUGUGAGCAGUAUUUCAGGGUCAUUAUCCUCUCCCCAGGUGGAUGUGGUUAUAGAGACGGGCAAUCCAUAUCUUAACCUCACUGUUGAUGGUUUUUUGAAGAUUGGAACUGUUGCAGCCACAAGGGCACUUGCAGAGGAUACCUAUCAUAUUGUUCGAAAGGGGAGCGUUUCAAGUAAUGAUUUUGAGAAAACUCUGAAGAAGAUGUGUAAAGAAGGUGCAUAUUGGGGAACUAUAGCUGGCGUAUAUCUUGGAGUGGAAUAUGGAGUAGAGAGGAUCCGUGGCACCAGAGACUGGAAGAAUGCUGUCUUUGGAGGUGCAGUGACAGGGGCUCUAGUAUCUGCAGCCACCAACAACAAGGCAGACAAGAUUGCAGUAGAUGCCAUUACAGGGGCAGCAAUUGCGACUGCUGCAGAAUUCGUAAAUGGAUGGAAUUACUAAUGUGUGUCUUAAAUGUAUUGAUGCUAUUAUUCCAUGUUUGAAAAGGGGUUGCACAAUUGGUCUCUUUUAACUUUGCUUGCCGGUUAUGUAAUAAAUUUGAUACAAUUACUAAUAAUAUGUGCUAUUCUGCUCUCUGCCAA